ACCAUAAGUACCGUUUAAAGAAAAUGGCGAUGGUUUCUACGGUAUUCUCGCUCCCGACCCUAAGCCCUCCCAACCUUCGACGAGUCAACCGCAAAUCAGAUUUCGAUUGAAUAGGACACUUCGGGAAAUUUAAGGAAACAAAACGGAAACGAUUAUUGGAACAGGUAUUAUUCCGGUGUGGCGUAUGCAAGUGUGAGCAAAGAAGCAAUGGGUGUGAGAGUCACAGAAGGGGAAGGGAGCUUGCCCAAGGUUGUGCUCACUUCUGCUGGUGGAAGCGAGGCUGAUGUGUAUUUAUUUGGAGGUUGUGUCACGUCUUGGAAAGUUGCAAAUGGAAAGGACCUCCUUUUCGUUCGGCCAGAUGCUGUGUUUAAUAAGAAAAAACCAAUCAGUGGAGGACUUCCUCAUUGUUUCCCACAGUUUGGACCUGGCCCAAUGCAGCAGCAUGGAUUUGCAAGGAAUGUGGAUUGGUCAGUUGUUGAUUCUGAAAAUGUGGAAGGAAAUCCUGUCGUAACUCUAUUACUAAAGGAUGGUCCUUAUAGUCGUUCCAUGUGGGAUUUCAGCUUUCAAGCUUUAUACAAGGUCAUUCUAACUACAAAAAGCCUUUCCACCGAACUAAGAAUUACAAAUACAGACAAUAAGCCAUUUUCAUUUAGUACGGCCUUGCAUACAUACUUCCACGCUUCUGUGACAGGGGCAUCUGUUAGAGGUUUGAAAGGGUGCAAAACUCUGAAUAAAGAUCCAGAUCCUAAGAAUCCAUUGGAGGGUAACGAAGAAAGGGAUUUGGUCACUUUUCCUGGAUUUGUAGAUUGCGUCUAUCUGAAUGCCCCUAAUGAAUUGCAACUUGAUAAUGGCUUGGGUGAUAAAAUAUCUAUCAAGAACACCAAUUGGACAGAUGCUGUUUUGUGGAACCCUCAUCUGCAGAUGGAAGCUUGCUACAGAGAUUUUGUUUGUGUUGAAAAUGCUCAGAUUGGAAGCGUUCAGCUAGGGCCUGAACAAUCUUGGACAGCGACACAGCAUCUUAGCAUUGACUGAAGAGUAGCUAAGCACUGUUGCUAAAUUUGUUGACAAUUGACUUACUGUCUUAAUUUCAGUAUUUUGAUUUGAGUUUUGCAAAGUUUUCCAGUUAUACAAACAAAUAAUAUGGCUUGUCCAAAGUUCCUAUUUAAAUUGACAUGUCUUUGAUUGGUA